AUGACUGAGACAAGUAUGCGAGCCGGGAAUAUCGAUGUGUAUGGAUUCCUCGAGCCACAGUCUAUCCAGAGAUCUGGCCAAUCACAAUUUGAAUCAGAAAAUUACAUGAAGAACUGGAUGCAAAAUUCAAAACGGGAUGUGUACCUUGGAGCCUACCUGAAUGGUGCACAUUGGCAAAUGGCCGUCAUUUUGCCUAAGGAAAAUGUUGUCAUUUGGUUUUGUUCGUUGCAUAAUAAGCCAGACAACUACCUCAAAGGCAUAAUUAAUAGUGCUUUGAAAGGACUUGACGAUACUCAACAAAGUAAAUCCAAGUCUCCUACCAUUGGAACCAGAAAGAUUAAAGGCGCUUCGCAACCAAUGGGCAAAGAACUAUUUGAAAGUGAAAAAUGA